AUGGAUAUGAUAGGACGCGCCCUCGAUGUACCUCUGAUGUUGUUCACUGGUACGCUACGAGUGCGGGUUCUAGAGGCUCGAGGUCUACGACCAACCGAAUGGUCAAGACGUUUCAACCAGAAUGAGAAAAAUGAGACCGCAGCGAUAGACUCGUAUGUGAAUGUGGAUUGGGAUGAAUAUCACGUUGGGAAGACGUUGGUUCGACCAAAAACCAAUGAACCACGUUGGAACGAAGAAUUCAUCGCGAAUGACGUACAUUCGGGCAAAGCGAUUGGUUUCACCGUAUUUCAUAGUUGUGUGAUGCCACCGGAUGAUUUUGUCGCUAAUACUAGGAUAACAUUUGACGAUCUCAAAAUAGGCAGCAAUAAUGAUAUCUGGAAAUCUGCUCCUCUAUCCUUCCAAAUUUUCUAG